UUACGAGUGAGUAUCUCAAGUUUCCAGAAUGCGUGCAAUAGUUUGUGUUGCAACUCUUCUUGUGAGUGCUUCUUUUAUUUCUACCGCAAAACCAUCGUUCGGUCUACAAGACGCAAUCAAAGGUGCCUUUUGGGUAAUCCAGCAUGAAUUACAGCAAGACGACCCCUUGCUUAUUGGAAGGAAUUUUGUAGAAAUUUUAGGACAAAAGGUCUUCAUUGGAUCAGCUUCCCUUUCCGGACAAUCUUCCAUAUCUCUAGAAGACCUGACGGUCAACGAAGCCGUUGGAGACGCAUUCGGUCUUCUGAGUAUGAAUAAAUUGACGGCUACCAUUAACGAAGUUGCAAUCGACGCUUUCAUUGUUAAUUUCGGACUGAGGUUUACCGAGUAAGUUCAUAUUUAUUACGAGUCGAUAUUUAAUAUAUAUGUAGAAUUUAAUUUGUACACGUACUCAUGAACGGGUAAUAGAAGUCAUACUAGUGGAUAUCUAUGCCUGUGCAAAUAAAUCGCAGUGAUUUUGUUCGUCAACAGAUUAACAUUUAAUUUAGGUAUGUUUCUUAUCACUGUUGUAUGACUUUUCGUACCUUUCUGGUGUUUUCAUUGGCACAUCAACACAAUACCAGAUCUACAAGUGGCGAGAUUAAUUUGUACAAAAUUUUUGAAUUUGGAUAAACGUAAAUGAGGUUUUAGAUAAAUAUUGUCAAACAAAGUUUUAUUCUGGGUAUCUACUCAUCUUAUAAUUUGCUUGUUUAUAUUAGCUUUUAUUUUUAAUACUUGAACUUCUGUAACAAAAUUACAUCUUGACCCAUUCCUUAAGUCAAAUUUACACUAUUUUUCAGAAUUUCAGUAGAUAAUACCACAAUCAGCUGGAGGUUCUCAUACAACAAUUCCACAAAACAGUUGACUUCUCUCAACGUUCUUCCACAAUUUGGAACAAUCACGGUAUGUUCG